AUGGCGUCCCUUCUGCCGCUCAUCUCGGAGAUCCUGCCCAUGAUCAUGCCCGCCUCGGCUCAGGUCAUGAGGGCCGACCAGCUGCGGCCCGCUGCUGCCUCUACCCUUGACGGCCCCGUAGUUACCCGGAGUGCCGUGAUUGACAAGUGCGACAAGAUGUGCGCUUCUGUUUUGACCAUCCGUCCGCGUUCUUCGUCCCCGGUGCGUCACAACAGUGAGCAAGAUGCAAUCAUAUACGCCACCUCCGGCACUGGCAUCUUCAUGGUCAAGGAAGGCGUCGAGGCCGACAUUCAGCGGUACGAGCUCAGCCAGGGGGACUUUGCAUGGAUCCCCGCAUGGACGGAGCAUCGGGUGCAAAACGACACGGACACCGAUGCCGUCUGGAUCGUCUUCCAGAGCGGCCCGCACCCGGUUGGUGCUAUUCUUGCUGACUGGGGUGGCAAUGAGGUGUCGGCAUGA